GAGAUUCGCUUCCUACUUUCACUUCGCUUCGGACAUUGCGGUUUAAAUAUGCCCGAGCCCGCCAAGUCCGCGCCGGCCCCGAAGAAGGGCUCCAAGAAGGCGGUGACCAAGGCGCAGAAGAAGGACGGCAAGAAGCGCAAGCGCAGCCGCAAGGAGAGCUACUCGGUGUACGUGUACAAGGUGCUGAAGCAGGUGCACCCCGACACGGGCAUCUCGUCCAAGGCCAUGGGCAUCAUGAACUCGUUCGUCAACGACAUCUUCGAGCGCAUCGCGGGCGAGGCGUCGCGCCUGGCGCAUUACAACAAGCGCUCGACCAUCACGUCCAGGGAGAUCCAGACGGCCGUGCGCCUGCUGCUGCCCGGGGAGCUGGCCAAGCACGCCGUGUCCGAGGGCACCAAGGCCGUCACCAAGUACACCAGCUCCAAGUAAACGUGCCAAGUGUCUGGUGGCUUAUAGUCAGGAUCGACCUCCUUUGGAAGGCUCCAGCUCAAAAUUGCUGGGUAACUUGUCUCCCAGGGAGCUGAAAUGGCGGAGGAACGAGGUGGGACGACAGGAAGGACGCCUUUGAACUGGGCACACUGAGUCUCCCAAAAGCGCUUUCACUUAACAGAUCUCGCCGGCAGUCUGCAGGCUGGGAAAUCCUACUUAAGCACUUGAGAACUUCGCUCCAGGUAAAGAUUUUGAGGUGAACGAAGCCCUUUCCCAACGUUUGUAUUAUCCAAGUCUGGAACACAUUUUAAUACUUCUGAGUGAAAUUUGCUUUUUCUAUUAGAAACGGGAAUAUAAAGGGAAUGUUUUGUUACAAAAGAACACAAAGUAAAUGUGUGGCUUAGAUUAGCAGGUUACUUAACAUAAAGACCUCAUGAUCUUAAACCAGCAAUUUUCAUUAGUAUUUGGGAAGAAUCCUAAGGGCUUGCCCAGUACUAGACAGGCUUCCAUUGGAACACAGCUCUGGUUGCCUAACUUGGAAGAGUUGAGAAAUGGUAUAGCCCUGGACUAGUUAAGGUGGACAUGAUAAUGCAGGACAGACCGUUGGAGAGGUGUGUCACUAGCUCCCCAGCCCAACUGUAAGGUUUCCAGAGUCCUUCAAUAACUGAAAUUGGAUUUUUUUUUUCCCUGUGUGCCUAGCGAACCUGCUCAAGGAGUGAUGCUCCAGUUCAGGCUGACCCUGACCUAACUGCCAGCUAAUCAGGUUAUCCAAAAACUGCAGGUUCACUAUUACCAGCCUGACUACAAUGUUUUGUUUUUUGUUUGUUUGUUUCCUUCUCUUUUAUAAAAAUUCUGGUUUGCCAUUUGUUGGAUGAGAUAAUUCUAUAGCUUGUUCUCCCUUUUAUACAAGCAAUGGGCAGGCUAAUCAUUAACUACAUGACCAUUUAUUUCUGAAGAAUCACUAAGACGUUUACUGAAGUCCUGCCAUAGGACUCAAUAGAAAUGUGUGACCUGGUGAAGUGCCUUGCACAGUCCUGGGCAGUUUGAAUUUUAUGCUUAUCUGCCUUUGGCUCUUGCAUGCUGAAAUGUAUUCUUGCCCAAAUUUGUUUCUUAUUUUGGCUCUUAUUCUGAUGGCACUCUGCCAAUUGGUUACACAUUAGCGCUUUUAUGUCAGAUCAUUAAGCGAUUUAGUUGGUGGCAGAGGAUAGGCAAUCUGAAUUCUUGUGUUAAUCUUUUUUAGGUUGAUUGUCUUUGGGGAUUCUGAUAUUCUUUAGCAUUUGAGAACACAUGAGCAGGAAGUCGGUGUUUUUCCUUCUGGCCUUUAAUGUGAUCCACUGAGUUUGGUGUUUUGUGUUUGUAUACUGUGUGUAGAUUCCGGAAACUGAAGAUACCUGUCUCUUUCCUCCUUUCAAAACGAUCUUUUCCAUGUUUACUCAUUAUGUAUCCAAAUAGUUGUCAAUAUCUGGAAAAACAGUUUCUGCAUCAAAAAAAAAGCAAAUAUAAAAUGGCAAUCUGUAAUAACUUUUGACUUUCAUAAAGUGGCUAGGCCUUACAGGAGACUGAUGACAGGAAAGAAAAGUUAAACAAAUCUCCAGCAUGCAGGGGCCUGUCUUUUGCUCUGCGGAAGCCUCUAAAGUUUAUGAUUCAGUAAUUCCAAAUUAUUAUCCCUUCAGGCUCUUUAAGUAAGGUUAGAGAAAAGAGAGAAGAAACAUGGUAUUAUAAAUCAGAUUACUGAGUCAGACAAAAAGAGAAGGCUUCCAAUACUCUUAUAAAAUAAACACUUAAUGGUUUCUAAAUCUUAAUGUGUUUAUUGUGAGAGCUAUGGCACUGGAAAGUAGAAUUUCCUACAAAACUUAGAAAGAUAUCAGCAGUUUACUCAUAUUCUCCGUGUUGGCUGAGAGAUCUCUGCUCUUAAUUACAUCUGUUUCUCAAUGAUACCUUUGUGUUUUUUAAAAUCUGAUUAACACACUUAAAUCUAUGGCUCUGUUUUUCCUAACUUUAAGUUUUAUUCUGGUUUCGCCAUUAGCUCCUCUAACUUCCACAAAGAUUGAGAAUAUUUUUGUUUUAUGAAUACAAGUCAGUUUGAGCAAGUCGUCUAUCUCAGCAGGAAAUUAGUAAAUUGUAAUGCAAACUCGUUUUAAAUGGCUUUACAUAAACACUAAAAACAUGAUUUAAAGAGAAAUUAGGAGCUAGAGGGUAUUAUGCUAACUAAUCGAGAUAAGUCAGAGAAAGACAAAUACCAUAUAAUGUCACUCUUAUGUGCGAUUUAAGAAACAAAACAUAGGAUCAUAAGGUGAAAAAAAGAGAGGAAAACCUCUUAACUAGAGAACAAACUGAUGGCCACCAGAAGGGAGGUGGAGGAUGGGGGAAAUAGGUGAUGGGGAUGAAGGAGGGCACUUGUCAUGAUGACCACAGGCUGUUAUAUUGAACUGCUGAAUCACCAUAUUGUGUCCCUGAAACUAAUAUUACACUGUAUGUUAAUUAACUGGAAUUCAAUAAAAACUUUAAAAAAAGAGAAAUUCAAAUCAAAAUAAAAAUUCUCCUGAUGCUUUACAUGUGCUACCUCUUUAAAUUGUAGCUUAGAGAAAACAGGAAAGUUUAACUGAGUUUAAUUAGUGGUUUUAGUUGACAGGUUAUAGUAAUAAGACACAAAACAGAACUUCUCUAUUUUGGAACAACUUAAAUUUUUUAGUUCAUCGUGGAUAAUUUCAUAGGGAAAAAUCACAUUUUAAAUUAAGAUUACUAAUUUUGCUUUAAAAAUGGUCUUAUGCCUUUUUCUUUGUUAUUGUCAUGAAGUAAGAAUAAUGUUAGUACGAUAUUCUGGUUCACACCAGUCUGGGGUUUAUUUUCUUAAAAAAAAAAAAAAAAAAACUCACUAACUCGAAUUUACUAAAUUCCUUUCACUAGGUUUACUAGUUAGAAUGCUUAAAAAUAAUUUUAUUUAAAAUUAUACUUCUGUAUAUUAUGCAUUGAGUUAAAUUAAAUCACAAUAAUGUCAUUUUUAAAACAGCUAACAUUUAUAAAGUUGCAUGCAAAUCAUAAAAACUCAAUGUGUCAUCUUUAAUGCUGAAUUCAUAAUCCAUAGAUAACUCUAAGAAUUGAGUGCCCAAUCUUUGGAUACCUGGACAAUUUCUAAAUUAGAGGAUACAAAAUAUACAUCCCUAAAAACAAUUUGAUCUAUGCAAGUCUCAUAUUUUUACACAGUUUAGAAUGUUCCUGCUGUUAUGUUUUAACUUUAUUCUCUAUAACCAGUAACUCAAUCUACAUAAUAGGUCAGAGAUGAGAACGUCCCUUUGCUCAAGGCUCAAGAGUUGACAUAUUUACUUAUAGUAGAUAUGCCUGGGGGUUGUUCUUUUGCUUUCCCUUGUAUAAAAACAAAGGGGUUUUCUUCAGAUGUCUCAGUCAAUAUAGGGGCAGGAGUCAGGGAAGAAGAAUAACUCAGAAGAGGAAGAGGAGCAACUAAAGAAAAUCUGAGUGGUUAAAAUUAACAUGACACUUAAGAAAAUACCUCACAUACAAUGCGAGAAACAGCCUUUCAAGGUUUCAUUACCAUCAGUACUAUAACAACAAUUGUCUAGUCUGAUUUCUAAAAUUAAAAUCAAAUAUAACCAGCCCUUCAUUAAGAAUUGGCUAUCACAAAUCUCCCAUACUGUUUUGUGUAGCCCCACCAUUUUCAGACUUUCUAAUCAUGUAACAAAAAAUAACUCCAGUGAUAAACCAGUUCCAGAUUUUACAAAUCUGUUGAUUAGCCCAAAGACUGGACAAAUGAUUGAAUCUUGCCUUAUCUAUAAUUAAUAGAAAUUGCAAAAGUAUAAAGUUGGAUCAAUGCUUCAAACCAAACCUCAAGAACCAUGUUAACAAAUCACUUUCAUGUUAUUGUUAAAAUAUAGGGAUUUUUUUUCCCCACCUGGUAUUGCCUUUACUACUUGUAAAUGAUAAAACUGAGAAUAAAAUAGUUUCAAAAAUCUGUAUAAAAAUAUUCUUAUUGGAUAGAUCACAUCAGUCCACUCAUCAGGUAAUACAAGAGAAUUUAAAGUAAAAUGUGCUCAAAAUAACUUUAACUUAGCAUGCCAGUAUUUUUGUCUAAUCAUGAUAAUGUGUCCAUGCCUAAAUAUUCUCAUAAACCCUUAUCAUUUGAAAUUGUACGAAAAGAUCCAUGUGACUUGAUUUUUCUUCUCUUUUGACAUGUUUUGCUUGGGGCAUUCUGAUAUUGUCAGAUAUUACCAAUGACUAAUGUUAACUACACUCUCAUAAUUGAACAAAUGGAAGAAGAUGUCCCCAGAUACACUUCUAUAUAAUAUAUCAUUAAAGACUAUAUUAAAGGAGACUUCAAGAAGUGUCAACUUUA